GGGGAACGAGCCUGCCGGCCCUUCCUUUCCAGAGGUGCCGGGCCCUUCCCGCUGCGCCUAGGUGCCGGCCGCCCUGCGGACUCGACGGAGGUCUGGGUCCCCAGGGAUUGGAGCCGCGGAGCUGCAGUCGUUCCGGUCGAGAUUGAUCGUGUCCUGUGCUGAAGAUGUUUCCAGAACAACAAAAGGAGGAAUUUGUAAGCGUCUGGGUUCGAGAUCCUAGGAUUCAGAAGGAGGACUUUUGGCAUUCUUACAUUGACUACGAGAUAUGUAUUCAUACUAAUAGCAUGUGUUUUACAAUGAAAACAUCCUGUGUACGAAGAAGAUACCGAGAAUUUGUGUGGCUGAGGCAGAGACUCCAAAGUAAUGCAUUGCUGGUACAAGUGCCAGAACUUCCAUCUAAAAACUUGUUUUUCAACAUGAACAAUCGCCAGCAUGUGGAUCAGCGUCGGCAGGGAUUGGAAGAUUUCCUCCGAAAAGUCCUGCAGAAUGAACUUUUGCUUUCAGACAGCACCCUUCACCUCUUCUUGCAGAGCCACCUGAAUUCAGAAGACAUCGAGGCGUGUGUUUCGGGACAGACUAAGUACUCUGUGGAGGAAGCAAUUCACAAGUUUGCCUUGAUGAACAGACGUUUCCCUGAAGAAGAUGAAGAAGGAAAAAAGGAAAAUGACAUAGAUUAUGAUUCAGAAAGUUCAUCCUCUGGGCUUGGACACAGUAGUGAUGACAGCAGUUCACAUGGAUGUAAAAUAAGUACAACUCCACAGGAAUCCUGAAAAAUAAUUCUAAUGUGACCAUCCUAGGAAUAGCAAAUUAUGUCCAAUCAUAGAAACGAAAGCUUGCUAAUAACGUAUUCUUACCUAAAGCUCACUGUCAUGAUAUUAGGUAUUUAAAGACAUGGAGUUAUUUAUUAGUGGUAUUUUUAUGUUGUCUGAUUUUAGCCAAGCUUCUGUAUCAAGCUAAAAUCCUGUGAAUGCAAUAGUGUCCUUUAGAGGUGAAUGUUACUGGUAAACAAGAUCCUGCCCUCAAAUGAAAUGAUAGAUAGGUUAAAAAAAAAAAAAACCCUAGCUGGUUUUAUUGAAUUUUAAAAGCUAGGUAUAUAGGUAGCAUUUAAAAUCAAGAUAGGGCAUUCUGUCUUGUAUCAAUGGGGCAGUGUUACUGUAAACACAGCGUAUAUAUUAACCACUUUGAAGAGUAAACAGCUUAGACCAGACUGCCUUUCUCAGACGUGUGGUUGAUAUUUUGUGGCUAUCUUCUGUGCCCUGGCAAAACCCUUUGCUUUUGGGUGUGUGACUGACAUAUUUUAAGAGUAUUUAAUCUUGCCAGUAUUCUGCUUCACACUUAGAUGGAAAAUGUAUCUUAUGAAUAGAGUAUUAAAAUAAUGUUUACAUCUUAGAAAAAAACAGAAAUAGUGCUAGUAGUUUUACUUAUCAUUGCAAUAGAUAGCUUCAGAAAUACAUUUUCAUUGUCCAGAAUUAGCUUCAACAAAUGGUUUCUGGCAAUAAAUCAUUUGUUUUCAUUAUCAUUGUAUAAUUAGAAUUAUAGGUUAAUGAUUUAUUUUCUGACUAAAUGUGCAAUUUCUUACCACUAGAUAAUGUUCAGUAUCAGUGGUGGUAACUUAGUGCUUAUCUGAAGUCAAAAGAAGGGUCUCAUAAAAAAUUAAUAUGUUUAAUUUUACCAAAAAAUAUUUCCAAAAUUUAGAAAAGGAUGCCAAGCUGCUAAUUUCAGGAUUAUUCAUUAAAAAAACAUUUAUCUUUUAACCAUGUACACGAAGAUUGGUACAAUUAAAAAAAAAAAUGUCUUUUUUGUUUGUUUUUAGUGGCCCAAAGAUCGGACGUCUUAGAUAAACUACUUUGAACUUCACAUUUCAGAUGAGGCAGCAUUUUCUAGAAAUAAUUACCCAAGUUUCUUCUUUGUUGAAUAGAACAAAAUAUCUCUCUGAAACUAACAGGAGGAUAUUUUCACAUAACUGGAUAACUUGUUGCUUUAAUUAAAUGCCUAAUUGGAGAGUAAUGGGAUAAUAUGGAACAACAUUUCAUUUUAACAAGGAAUUUAAAAGUUAUUGUAUUUUU